UUAUCAAAGUUGUCUGACGUUUCUCUUACGCAAACAUUACAAAACAUUGAUUUCUCGCGUAGCAAAACUGAAGUGCCGGAGUAAUUUUUAUCAUUUAAUUUGUAAUUAGUAGUGUUAAAAUGUUAUCUAAGAGUAGCAUUUGUGGGAAACUAUUGUCAGGACUUCUAAGACAAGCACAUAACCAACAAAUUGCCACCCUCAAGCACUUUGCACCACCCAUUGAAUACAAAAAUGUUGUUAUGCCGGAUCGUCCGAAAUUACGAUUCAUGGACAAAGUGCCCAUCUUGCCGACAAACAUGAAAGCGCCCAAGAUGCAAAAGAAGCUAAAAUUCAUGCGCGGUCCGGAAAUGGUGCACAAUACGCUGCUGUACAAGCAAUACGGAAUUGUGGCCACGGGAGGUGGCCGUUUGCGAUGGGGUCAUUUUGAAAUGAUGCGUUUGGGCAUUGGCCGGAAGAUGGACAUCAAUCGGAUGUUUGCCAUCUGGCGGGUCGAUGCUCCAUGGCAGCCGAUUACUAAAAAGGGCCAAGGCCAGCGGAUGGGUGGAGGCAAGUCGGCCAUCGAUCACUACGUGACGCCCAUCAAGAGUGGCCGGGUGAUCGUGGAGAUGGCCGGAAAGUGCGAAUUUGCCGAGGUGAAACCGAUCUUGGAAACGGUCUGCCACAAGUUACCCUUCAAGGCUAUGGUAGUGUCGCAGGAAAUGCUGGAGGAGAUGCAGGCGGAGGAGGAGCGGCUAAAACGGGAGAACCUCAAUCCGUACACGUUCAAGUACAUUAUCCAGAAUAACUUGGGGGGAUGUCACAAAUGGUUAUCGCCGGUAGAUCACAAAUGGUUCGGAAAAUACCUUUGAAUGGCUGAAAUAAAAUAGUUUAUCACAGUUAUA